AUGCUGAUAAGCGAUUUUUUGGUAGCUGCAAAACCAGGCAAAUAAAAUAAAAAGGAUAGUGAAGGAAGCCAACAAUAGCCUAAAUAGAAAAAGAAACUGAAACUAACUAAUACUGUGUUUGAACCUUCCAUUCAUAGUUUGAAGGAUUUUAAGUUCGAGGAUGAGAAUGAUCAAUAAUAAUAAAUGGAAUAAAUUGAUAAAUUAAGCAAUGCCAUCUCCUCAUAGCCCAUGCUUAAUAUUAUCAGAUUGAACACUCCAAAAACUACAACUUCGCUUAAGAAAUUAAUAGAGUAAUAAGAAGAAGAUCAAAUGACCAGACAUCUCAAAUUUAGACAGGAAGAUGUGAGUUAUCUAUUUACACUCUUGCUUAAUGAGACCAAAUCCCAAAUGAAAGAAUUGAAGGAUGAUUAUUAAAGUGAGAAUGAAUAUUUGCAAUAUUUUUUACCUCCAUUUAUAAAUGAAACCUUAGCUUAUGUUAAAAGUACAGCAGAAGACAUGGCAAAAAAGUAUAGAAGUCCCUCAUUACCACUUCCCUUAAGAUAUCAAUUGAUGAUCGAUAGAAAAAACACUAUACUUGGAAAGUAUUUAGUUUUGGAAGCAGUUGAAGGGGACUUCGAUUAAGCAGAGAAAUACACAUGGAAAAAGACAUGCAUUAGCGAAUACUUUGAGUUCAUAGCUGCCAAGAGUUACAUUGUCUAGAUAUUCAUCUAAAAUGAAAGAGAAUAUGUAAAUUUGCUAGGAAUCAUCUCUAAACAAGAAUCAAAUAGAGAUAAAAAUUUAAUUUACCUUCCAUGGAAUUAAAGAGUUAUUAACUCUCUUAAAAUACCCAAUAUUGCUGUAGAAUCUAAUAAUAACAAAUAAAACAUAUAUAAAUUGAGAUAAUCCUAUGUGCCUUUAACUUAUCCUAAUUUUGAGGAAUUGUAUCCCUAUCAAUUUUUAGUGCAUUUGAAUCCCAUUUUCUCUCCUGCCACUUAUCUGAUUGAACUCAAAGCUCUCCUCAAUAUUGGCAAAUCAAAAUACAUGAAUUGUUUGUUGUAACCAUAAAAUUACAUUGAGCCUCGCCCCUUGAUGAAAUCAGCCUAUGAAUUCGGAGUUCCUCUGUUGUAAAUCACUGAAGAGUAUCUUAAAAAUAAUAAAAAAUUCAAUCAAUCCUAAAUGAGUGCCAUCAGACACUCAACCAAUUACACACACCCCUUUACAUUGAUUAAUGGACCUCCAGGGACUGGUAAGACUUACACAUCAAUGGGCAUAAUGAAUAUUGUUAUGCAAAGAAUGAAUUAACUUAAUGAGGAUAGUAUUAUCUUAGCUUGUGGUCAUUCCAAUACAGUUAUUAAUGAUUGGGUUAGAAAAAUCAAUAAGGAAUUCUCCAAUGCAAAAGUUAUGAGAAUAGGUGUGGCUGAAAAAUCAGAUCCUGACAUUUAUGAUUAUUGUUUAGAAAUCAAAACAUAAAGGUAAUUCUUUAUGAAAUUUACUCCAGAAUAUGAAAAAAAAUCUAUUUGCGAAUUAAUUAAACCCAACAAAUAAAAGUAUGAUCAAUUGACUCUUAUUCAUAUCAAAUAAAAGAUAGCGUAGUUGAAUGAAAAGAUCUAUGACCUCAAAGAUUUUUAUGAGGAUUUAGAUCAAUAAUAACAAUUCUCUGUUGACACCGAUUUGUAUAGACUGGAAUCAUAGAAAAAGGAUCUAAGAAGAUUCUACUCCACACUCAUCUAAAUUCUUGGAUAAAACAAGGAAACCUAUAAAGAAAUGAUGCUAAAAAAUUUGCAAGGCAUUUAAAUUAUUGUCUCCACUCUAACUAGUUGUGCUUCAUCCUUGCUUGAAUAGUACAUGGAAGAUAAAUAUGUCUCCAUGUGCAUUAUCGAUGAAGCUCCUAUGUGUUUUGAACCUUCCACUCUGAUCCCGCUGUCCAAGCACAAGAUCUACAAACUAGUACUGAUUGGAGAUCAUAGACAAUUAGGCCCUGUCAUCUAUGACAACACCAAUGCUUUCGAAUACAAUUACAAUAGGAGUCUGUAUGAAAGGCUUCUACAAACUACUUAGCAAUUCAUUAUGCUCAAUGUUCAGUAUCGAUCUAUGCAAAAUCUUAGUAGAGUCACGUCUCAAUUUUUCUAUGAGGGAAAAGUGUAGGAUUCAGAAUCUGUGAGUAAGAUGCAAUUUCCAGAAUAUUUGGCAAACAAAUUGAAUAAUUCAAAUAAUUUCCUAUUUUUCGAUGUUCAUGGUGGCACAUAAUUCAACAGCAAUAAUUCACUAUUCAAUGAAUAUGAAGCUUAUGGAGUAUUCUAUUUAGUGUGUUACUUGUUAUAAGAUUAUAAUGAUCAAAAUGAAAAACCAAUAUCAAUUAUUACUCCUUAUCGGGCUUAGGUCAAACUGAUUAAAAGAUAUCUCUAUAAAUUCAACCCAAAGCUCUUGGAUUAUGUUGAAAUCGAUACCAUCGAUGCAUUUCAGGGCAAAGAAAACGAUAUCAUGAUAAUUUCACUCGUUAGGAGUGAAGGUCUUGGAUUUUUGACGGACUACAGAAGGGCUAAUGUUGCUACUUCAAGGGCUUAAUAUGGGUAAUUCAUAUUUGGAAAUUCCAAAGCUUUAUUGAAUGAGCAACGGCUAUGGAGUCCUCUUUAUUAAUAUCUUUAUUAAAGAAAAUAAAUUAAAAGUUUUGGAGACUAAGAAGCCUACGAUCCAAAUUUUUUCCAAAAUAUUUUAAAUUAGUGA